AUGGUUAACCCAAAGAAGCAGAAAAGAGUGAGAUUCUCUAUCCCAUCACCCGAAUGCAGAGAGUUUGACUACGAAGGUUUAUUCUAUAGAGAAGUAAAGGAGAAAUCUCUGCUUCAAAAUCAGAUAAUUCAACUGAAAGCCAGGAUUCUUCGAUUGAGAGCGGGGGAGCCUGAACGAGGCGUUUUUGAAGAUCCAAUUGAAGAGUUCAUAGCCGACAGCGAGGCUCUUUGCAAAUGGGAAGCAUCCAGAGAAGCGAAAGGAGAAAUGGACUUUUUUGAAAAACGAAUCACCAAACCAUCUAAUCUGUAUUUGGCAUAUAACAAGGAGGAAAGUGAUGACGAAGAGAGAUGUGAUGAUGAAAAAAAGUCAGAAAUUGGAGACAUUGAUUCGGAUAAGGACAGUGAGCUCUCGGAACAAUAUUCGGAAGAUGAAGGCUCUUUUGAUGACGAGGACUCGGAAAUUGGAUAUUCUGAUUCUGGUGAGGAUGAAAAAUUGUCGGAACAGUAUUCGGAAAGUGAAGAUGAAAAGGGGAUCAAGCAUUCAGAUUUCGAGGCUAGCUAUCUGGAUGAGGAAGUUAGUUACGAGACUGAGAAAAAAGAUGAUACUGAUGAGAAAACCAACAAUUCGUGUGACGGGCAAAAACAAUUGCUUUUCAAAAAUAAGGACGAAGAGGGAGAAGAAAGUUAUGCACUGGAACAAGAUAUAUCUUAUGAAGAAAUGGAUAAUGAGCAAUACUACGUUGAUGAUGAAGAAUCCGAUGACGUAGACAAUGCAGAUUUUGUUGAAGUAUCUGACGUGGAGGAGGAAAUCGAUGAUGGGGAUGUUAAUGCGUAUUUGAAGAAUCUCUACAAAUAA